AAAUUGAAUGUAGAAUACUAAUUUGAAAGUAUUUUUAAAUUGAUUAUUGAAAUUAGAUUUCAAUAAAAAUUGAACUGAUAAAUGAGUAUAGUAUAAUACAUUCUCAAUUAGUCAUAUGAUAUGAACUGCUUCAGUAACCACCCGUCGUGUUAUGAAGAAAAUAUGUAAAUGCUAUUUACAUCAUUUUAAUUUAUGUAAGGAAUAACUGUUUGUUUGUUUAUCUCGAAGAUAUCUAGAUAGGACCCGUUUAGAAUGAGCGGUACGGAUUUUGUUGUGAAAUGAAAUUUUCUGAGUUCGGAUUGUUUAUUUUUCAUAUAGUUAUACAGACAGAUGCACAGUGUACGUUUCCGGCAGACUUGAGAAGUUCUUGGAUUAGUGCUGAUCGAGGAACAUUAACGUUUACAGCCAAUACACUUUCUGGCUAUUCCAUACAGUUGUCUGUCGCAAUUAGUUCGGUUGAUUUUGAGUGUAAAACCCUGAUCAAUGAUCAGUAUUAUCUAAGAGGUACUACCACUUUUAAUGUUUUUGGUGUUACUCGUAGGCCACAUAUAUGUCUUGAGUUUUACAACUUGACUUCUGACAAAUAUUACUAUCAUGUAGCAACAGCUAUAGAAGCUACGAUCAAUGACAGAAUUUACGUAGCUGAAGAUGUAAACACAGUGACAUACAGCGAUGUUUGUAACAGACAAACCCCUUUUGAAGUGGGAACCUAUGUAAUGUUAAUAAAGGACGGCGCAUCGGAUGCUAGUUUAGCAGUAAAAUGUCCAAGUGAUAUUUUAAGAAAGUUUGAAAAUGUGCAGUUUCAUUCGGCUGAUGGGACUACUAACUGUUCUGGAAAAUUAGACACAUGUACUGACAAACUGAAAAUGAAUUAUACAUACAACUCAUGUGAUAACAGUCUGACAUUUUCAGCUGAUGGACUCUGGCGUUGUUUAUAUUACACAAAUUCUGGUAGCACGACCUAUCUUGCCGCACUUAAUAUGGAUGCAGCCCUUGUUAAUGGUCAGACUUAUAGAAUGGUUUGCUAUACUUUGCGAUGGCAAGACGAUAUAUUGAAGGCGACAACAUAUCAUGGAUCUUGUUUACCCAAUCAAACAUCGUCAUCGGUUGUUACACCUGGUGUUGUCAUGACAAUGUCGGAUGUUUCAGAAAGUGGUAGAUUUAGAGAAAAGAAAGCUGUUGAACUUUUGCAAAAAGAUCCUGAAGAUGGAUUUGAUUUAGUACCUUUUUAUGUUGGAGCCAUAGCUCUAGCUCUUCUUAUUAUUGGUUGUAUAGGAGUCUGUGUGAGUUACCGCCACUAUAAGAAUGCAGACAAGCCAAACAGAGUUCAUACUAUAAAAGUAAAGGAAAUGAAUAAUAUACCCAAACGUGAAUCAACUAGUGGAAUAUUUUCUUAUGGUUCAACUUCACUGGAUGGAGAUGAUCAUUUUAGAAUAUCUUCAACUCCUAUACAACAGCCAAGGACACGAAAAAUAAAACAGAACAUUACGUCACAUCCUGCAACUCUGUCUCGCGUGUUACAAUAUUACGGCGUUCCACCAAAUAACCACAGAAUUCACAACAAUGUCAAUGUUUAUGAUGAUAUACAUUAUGCAUACGUUGAUAAAAAACAUUUGGAUAAAACUCCAAAUGUCCAAACGGCGGAAGAUUUUUACCGAAACCAGAAAAUUUUAGUAGAUAAAGGACUACUUCCUAAAAAAGUUCUUCAAAGCAAACCACUAAAACCACAAAAACAAAACGUAGAUUUGACAGUGAAUCAAAAUGUGUCAUACGGCAGAAACAACUUUCCUGAUGACAGAUUGAUAAAAUUCUCAGAGAGACAUAAUAUUUAUGGGGAAGACAGGAAACCAAAAAACACCACAACAGACCCCAGUGUAAAUGACGAAGGACCAUCUGCCAGAGGAAGAGGAGAUAUUACAAACACGGUCCAUUAUUUUAAUAGACGAAUACCAAUGCAUUGGAAAUAAAAGUAUAACAAAACCAUA